ACUUGAUAAUGCGUUUUCUUUCCUAAGGGAGCACGGGAGGAGGUUGAGACCUGGAAAAGGCCUUCAUGGCGCUGCUGGAUCUUUUCGUUGUUGCACUAAUGCCGGUUUUGAAGGUGCUUCUGAUUACUGCUCUCGGUUCUCUCCUGGCAAUCGCGCGAGUAGACAUACUGGGGGAAGAAGCGCGGAAGUAUUUGAAUAAUAUUGUGUUCUUUGUCUUCAGUCCCGCACUUGUGUUCAGCUGCCUGGCCAAAUCUAUAACAUACAAGAGCAUGGCUUCAUUGUGGUUCAUGCCAUGCAACAUUCUCCUUACGUUCAUUGUUGGCUCAGCACUUGGAUGGUUGCUCAUAAGAUUCAGUAGGGCUCCUGAUCAUCUGCGAGGCCUUGUCUUGGGAUGCUGUGCAGCAGGCAAUCAGGGGAAUAUGCUGCUGAUUAUCAUACCAGCAGUUUGCAGAGAAAAAGGCAGUCCAUUUGGUGAUCCUGAAAGCUGUAAUACACAUGGAAUGACCUUUGCUUCUCUAUCAUUGGCAAUUGGUGCCAUUUACUUGUGGUCAUAUGUAUACAACAUAAUGCGCAUAUCUUCAAGUAGGAACAGUCAGGGAUCUGAACCUGAUGUUUCCAUGCCCUGUGUUCACUCUGUUGGAGAAAACAGAAACCCAUCAGAAAUUCAAAAGUUGGAACUUCUUCCUCUACAACAGUUCUCGUCUGUCGAGGAUCAUGUUGAAGUUGAUGUCUCAACGUAUGAGGGAACACAAAAGGUUCUUGUUCCAGCCAAGAUAAUGAUAUUUCUGAGAAUGGUAUGGACAAACAUCAACCCAAGAACGCUAUUUGCACCUUCAACUAUUGGAGCGAUUAUAGGUUUCAUAGUUGGCACUACGCCUCCACUCCGAAAAGCAACUGUAGGUGAUAGUGCUCCUCUUCAUGUGGUUCUGGAUUCGGCAUCUCUCUUGGGUAAUGCAGCCAUUCCAAGUGUCACAUUAAUACUGGGAGCUAAUCUUCUCAGAGGUCUCAAAGGAUCAAGUAUACAUCCGCCAGUCAUCAUUGGGAUCUUAGCAGUUCGGUACAUUGCCUUGCCAUUGCUGGGCAUGAUGAUUGUUCGAGGGGCAGUUUAUUUGGGUUUGGUGCAAUCAGAUCCCUUGUAUCAGUUCGUUCUUCUACUUCAGUUUGCGCUGCCUCCAGCCAUGAAUAUAGGAACAAUAACCCAAUUAUUCGGAGCUGUUGAGGCGGAAUGUUCUGUCAUAAUGCUGUGGACUUACGUUGUAGCAGCAGUUUCAUUAACACUUUGGUCAGCACUCUUUAUGUGGCUUGUGUCAUAA